AUGCCAUGUGAAGGCUGCACGGAGAGGGACAAUAGGAGCGCUGAUGCAACCGCGGAGUUCCUCCUGCUCGGCUUCUCCGAGCUGCUCUGUCUGCGGGUCCUGCUCUUCCUUAUCUUUCUCAUUGUCCAUUUGGUCACGCUGGCAGGGAACGUGAUGAUCUUCGUGGCAGUGGUUAUGGAGCCUUCCCGUCCUCCCAUGCUCUUCUUCCUCUGCCAGCUCUCUGUCACUGAGCUCUGCUAUAUCUUAGUCAUUGUCCCUAAGGCACUCCCCAGCCUGAUAGCGGUGGAGGGCAGCACCAUUUCUUUCACAGGCUGUGCUGCACAGAUGCACCUUUUUGUGGCACUCGGUGGGGCCGAAUGCUUCCUCCUGGUAGCCAUGUCGUACGACCGUUACGUUGCCGUCUGCCAGCCGCUUCACUACGCGGCUGUGAUGACCGAGGGGCUCUGCCUCAGGCUGGCUGCGGCGUGCUGCCUGGGAGGCUUCGCUGUUUCCCUGGGGUUGACGGUGGCUGUUUUCCGCUUACCUUUCUGUCAGUCGCGUCGCAUCAAUCACUUCUUUUGCGAUGUCCCCGCCGUGCUGCACCUGGCCUGUACGCGGAAUUACACCCCUGAGCUGCCCUUACUGGCUGCCUGUGUGCUGCUCCUGCUGCUGCCCUUCCUCCUAAUCCUGACCUCCUACGUUUGCAUUGCUGCUGCUUUGUUACCCGUCACCUCCUCCGUGGGAAGGGGCAAGGCCCUUUCCACCUGCAUUUCACACUUGGCCAUCACCUUGCUACACUACGGAUGUGCCACCUUCAUGUACGUUCGUCCUAAGUCCAGUUACUCACCAGCUCGAGACAAGAUGGUGUCUCUGGUCUACACCAACAUCACUCCAUUACUCUAUCCCCUCAUUUAUAGCCUGAGGAACAAGGAAAUCAGAGGGGUCCUCAGGAAAAUGUUGAGGAGGAGGAGGACAACAGCUCAGGUGAACUGGGGUACUAUCAGAGCUGUGAUGUGUGUGUGUGGUAAAUUUUAG